CUUUUGUUCCUUUGUUGUGCUUUUCCUGUUCAAUAGUUUGACCUGGUCUCUCUCUUAAACAAUUUCCAAGGGAAAUGCUCUCUCGAUUUGACAUUUGUCACCAUUUGGGGAGUUCUUUUCUCGUUUUGUACACCUUCCCAUUUGUGCUCUCUGUCCUCUGCCAAUGCCCACCUUGGACUCUCUCUCUCUCUCUCCACCCAUAUAAAUAUAAUCGAAAUCCCACAAUUUCACCCUGCUCUAGUUUUUCUUAAACCAGAAAGAACAAUGCUCCAAUCAAAUCCACCUUUCCUACAGCAUUAUGGAGCACUUCUGCGCCACCCAACUGAAUUUCCUGCACUUGAGUGUGAUGAACCCAAAAAUGGAGUUGGCAUGGAGGAAUGCCAACUCCCAUUGAUAGACCUCAAUGAUCUAAACUGUGAGAAUAAAAGGGAGAGGGUAGCUUGCUGUAGAGCAAUUCGUAGAGCGUCUUCGGAGUGGGGAUUCUUCCAAGUAGUGAACCAUGGGAUAAGCCCCGAGUUAAUCCAGCGGAUGAGGAGAGAGCAAGUGAAGCUGUUUCAAACACCCUUUGAAAGUAAAACUACUUGUGGGCUUCUGAACAAUUCAUACAGGUGGGGUACACCAACAGCUACUUCUCCAAAGCAGUUCUCAUGGUCUGAAGCCUUCCACAUUCCUCUCUCACAGAUUUCAGAAGGAACUUGCUAUGGAGAGUAUAACUCUCUAAGGGAGGUGACGAAGGAAUUUGCAGCAGCCAUGUCAAAACUGGCAAGGUUGCUUGCAGGGGUUCUGGCAGAGAAUCUGGGCAACCAAAAGAGCGUUUUUGAAGACAUUUGCGACGAAAGCACAUGCUUUCUUCGCUUGAAUCGCUACCCGACCUGUCCAAUAUCUCCAGAAAUUUUUGGCUUAGUGCCCCACACUGACAGUGAUUUCCUCACAAUCCUUUGUCAAGAUCAAGUCGGUGGACUUCAGCUCAUGAAAGAUUCCCAAUGGGUGGCUGCUAAGCCCAACAAAGAUGCUCUUGUUGUGAAUAUUGGAGAUCUCUUUCAGGCAUGGAGCAAUAAUUUGUAUAAAAGCGUGGAGCACAGGGUAAUGGCUAAUAGGACAACGGAGAGAUACUCGAUAGCAUACUUCCUUUGCCCUUCCUAUGAUUCUUUAAUUGCCAGUUGCACAGAACCCUCAAUCUAUAGAAAGUUCACGUUUGGAGAGUACAGGAGCCAAGUUCAAGAAGAUGUCAAAACAACCGGCUACAAAGUAGGCCUCCCAAGAUUUCUCCUUUAGAAUUACAGAUAAACAUCGUCAGUCAACAUACCAGAUUCAAUGCAGUUGGGAUACUGAAAAUAAAAGCACCCACAACAAUCCAGAUUACAGGGUCCUACUUUCAUUCUUUUGAUAAGUAUAAGACCAAAGAAGAAAAAGAAAAGAGAAUGCAACAGCGGGCAUGGUGUAUGUUAAAACACUAUCAUUUAUAUAUAUAUAUACAUAUUGUAUUUUUCAUAGCAAGGUCUUUUGUUUUUCUUUUUCUUUUCUUUUUUUUCCCAAUGUAUGCCACUUAAUUACUAGAGAUAUAUCGACCAAAAAAAAAAAAAAAAGACUAUUCCCUCUUUCC